AUCUGUUCAUAAGUAUCAGUUGAAAAAUAGUUUGUUAUUAUUCAUUAUUCAAUUAAAAAUAAGCUUUUUAUAGUUUCGAGUUUGAGUUAUUUUAUUGCUAUUAAAUAAUUAACAAUAUUGUGUUUUGUAUAUUGCCGAUAAGAUUCAUAACGUCCCUAAUUUUAACGUAGGUAACCUUCAUGUAUACAAUGCCGACGAAUUUUAAAGAAUCUUGUUUGUAAUAUAAUGGAAGCUAAGGAAGAAUCUUCAUCAAUGAGGAAUAUACAGGAACAAGAAUUAGUUAACGUAGAACACAAUUCGAGUAAAGACACGUUAAAGGAAAGAGGACAAGGUGAUGGCGAUGACGAAGUGUGCGAAACGACGUCAAACGAAAAAGAAACUUUUACACAAAUUGUACAGAGGUCAGCUGAUACACAAAGUAAUACAAGUUUAGAACCUAAUGACCAACAAACCAAUUCUGUGGAACACGUAGAAAGAUCACAUAUGGCCAUUUCAAUUUACGAAAAUAGUGCAACAAGUUCACAUUUUAUAAGGCAAGCAAGCUGUAGCAAGAAUAUGACUAAUUCUAAUGAUUUUAUAGACUCAUGUUGUGAAAAAGCUCCAAGUGAAAGUGAAAAAACUAGUAGUGAAAAAACUAGUAACGAAAAGCUCUACAUUCAAGAAACCAAUGAACCUUCUACAAGUGGCCUUCCUAUAGUUUCAACUAGCAAAUGUGAAAGCACAUCUUGUAAUAGUGAAGGAAAAGAAAAUAAGAAAAGACCAUCAACACUAAGGCUCAAAAGGCCUGUGCCUGAAGGUGAAGACAGUUCAAGUGAUACAGGAAAUGAUGAUUAUUCACUGGGAUCUGAAGAUGGUUGUAUUUAUACAUAUAGAGGUGGUGAACAUUUAGCUGAUCUCCCAAGUUCUUUCUUCAGCUUAGAUAUGGGAUUACCAUUGACCCCAAAUUCAGCAAUAGCUCCAGCUGUGCCAGCUGUACCUCAAGCAGUAAAUAACAGACCUGGUUCACGAGCUUCCAGUCCUGAUAUGGACUUCUUGGAAAUGGACUUUGACCCUGGACCCUCCUGCGAAGCAGACACAGGUGACGAAUCAACACCUGAAGCUGAUAUAGAGGUUGUUAGUGUUCCUGAAGUCAAUGAGCAUGUUAUAAGAGGAACAUCACCAGAAUAUCAGCCUGGUGUGGUACAGCCACUUAUGCAUCCUGUAGCACAAAGUAGUACUGUUAAUAAACCAUCAAUAUUUGAUGUGCCAUCUACUAGCAGUGAUAAUGUUCAUGUACAGGAUCACUGUAACAUAGUUAAAAAGUUAAGGGUAACUCGUACAGAGUACAUUACUCAUGUGAAUGUGAGAGGAGAGUGCCUAAGAGUUCGGAGGACAAUGGCUAAUGAUCCAAAUCCUGAACCAAAUACUGCACAUGGCUCCAGCGGUGAUUUGGUUUCAGCUAGAGAAAUUUUAAAUUACAAUGAAGAAAAAAAGGAUGUAGGCAUGGCUCAUAAAAUAAAUCAAGGUGAAAAUGCAACAAUUGACUCGGUUAACUUGACAACAGCAUUAUAUCAUGUCAACAUGGCAAAGAGACUUAUGACUGAUCAGCCUAAAAGUGAUGAAGGUCAAAGUUCUACUUGUGAGAAUGAGCCUGAGCCUGUGGCUGGUCCCUCACAGGCUAGUGAACCUUGUGUAGAAGCUCCACGGUGCAUGGUGUGGUCUGAGCGAGAAGCAUGUGAAAGACAAGUCACGCAGAUAGGCACAUCUGCCUGUGGCGCUACAGCAAUAGUUAACGUAUUUCUUGCACUAGGAGUUCCUGUAAAUACUGAAAGAAUUAAUGUUGCAGUAGGCACAAGACAAAGGGCCAACAAUGCACCUAUACCAAGGUAUUUAUUGUCACGCUCUGUGGCGGGUUGCACGGCAUCAGAUAUCGUCACAGGCAUACAAAAGGCCUCAGAUGGCUUGGUCACAGCGAGAUUCUUCCCAACAUAUCCCGAAAGAAGUAUUUCAUUGUUACAUUGGCUUGCUGAUUGGAUUUCAUUGGGUGCAGUACCAAUCCUCACCUUAAACCUUCAGCUGGGUAGCGAAGGUGAGGUCCCAGAUGCCUGGCACCAUCAGAUGGUGUUUGGGGUGUCUCCUAGGGGAGUGUACCUGUGUAACCCAGUGGUAUGCGUCUCCGAAGGGGUUGUCUGGUCACGACUGGUGUCCCCUUCAGUGCUUCUGGUGAGGUCGAGGGAUAUCGUGGCCAGAUUUGACCCAGAGACUGAUAUGUCCCCUUUGACAGCGGUGCCUGAUGUCCGGUUUCAUAGGAUGAAUGUGCUUGGUCAAGUGGCAAACGUCCUUCGCGAAUGGCGUUACUCGGGUUGUACGGAAGCGGAUACGCGUACACGUCACAUAGCUAUCCCGGCUUCGUACCAGGCCGGGAUCACUGUGGCGGCUCUCACGGGCUCCGAGGCCCAUAGGCGGCUUAUGCACGCACCGCAUUUAACUGCGUAUACAGAGCCCUGAAAGUGGUGUUUGCUGAUUCGCAUAUAUAUGGUGAAUCAGAAGCCAAAAGAAGAAUGAACAUUUGUGACGUAUUAUGGUCGCCAGAGAACCACCGAAUUUUUGUGUAUAACAUUACUCAGUGUGGAUUAUAUAGGUAUAUAACAUUGUAUUUCUGAGACGUUAUAUACAGGGUGCUUUUAUUACGACCUUUAUAGGUUUUCUACUGUUGCUGUGUAUAGACUUGACACAAAUUCGAUUCCUUUCACCUUUCGCAGUCCUGGAUGGAAAGCUUAGUACUAAAAAAUUUAAACCACCUAAAAAAAGUAGUGCGAAUUUUGUGAUUCGAUAUUUUUCAACUUUUGCUUCUGGGAAUUAAUUACGUAAGUACCCACACCUAAUCGUUAGGAUCAAAUCUCUAAUAAACGUGAUUAAAAAUAAAAUAUGAUUUGAAUUACUGCGUUAUUAUUAUUACUUAAAGAAUAAUGAAAAUUAUUAAAAAAAAUAUGAUUUUUAUAUUCCAUGUAGGGUAUUUUCAGGCGGUGGUAAGCCACCCUGUAUUUACCAUCUUGAUACAAAAACUAAAUUUUUAAACAGUUUGUCCGCUAAUUUGUCUGUUUUAUAUACGCUGUGAGUUUCUAAUAACGGGCUAGUUAAACCACCGACUCCCAGUUUCUAUAUAAAAUACCAAUCGUUAUUUGAAUUAUAUACGGCUCGAGCAGAUGGUAUUUUCUAUAUAAACUUUCUUAAGCGCAAACUUUCAAUAAAUAUAUUUUUUAUAUCAUCAAUGCAUGAAGCUUUUGAUCGCUCAAAUUCGUUUGAAGAACACCAUGUAUAACGUCAAUUUAAUGAUAAAAUCUAUAUACAAAAAUGUGAUUGGCUAAAUUUUAUUAGCCACAUGUAAAUAGUAUGAAUACGAUAAAAUAUAGACAUUAGAAAAUUGGUGCUUACUAGUCAAAAUUAUAUUAGCACAUCCUUAUUUAAGUCUUGACCGGUUUGCUGAGCCAUUGUUAAAUAAACCUUAGCACAUGGCAAUAAUGACGAAUUUUAAAUGAAUAUCUCUCGUCGGUCAUAUUUGGGCUCGUAAAUGCGCCAAGUACGAACUAAUGACACUGAAAAUUUUUUUUUUACUUUUAAAUUCAAGAUUUAAAUUUAACAAAAACGGAACUAUCACAGUUUGAAGAUUAUUAAAAUUAUUAAUUUAUAAAUGAAAAUUUUUUGGAUCCGAUUUUUGACAGUGGAAAACUAUUGUACAAUCAUCACAAUUUUUAAGGCUAUUUGACAGUAUUAAUAAACAUUAAUUGAAAGUAAUCUGUAUAAAACAUGACUUAAUGGAAUAAAAUAUCUUAUAAUCAUACAUAAAAAAACAUAAUACCUAUUUUAAUACCUUAGUUGUAAAUUAUGAUUUCGCCUAUGCAAUACUAAUGUUGUGUACUUCGAGUUUAAAUUCGUCGGACGCUGAUCGAUCGAAAUAUAUUUAAUUAUGUAAUUUAAUAAUGAUAAUUAACACUUAAAAACCUUAAUGUUGAUUACAAGCCUGGUACUUCGUAGGGUAGUGGGUCGCCAUUUUGAAAUAAAUUCUAUAAAUAAGAUUUGUGUUUAUAGCCACUACUAUUAAAGCUGAAAUGGUUUUUAUAAUCUUGUCAAAUAGCCUAUUAUUAGAAUUCCUUAAACCGGAAUUGACUUUUUGACUUUUGCUCCACUGUAGAGGCAUAUUUAUUUUAGGGGGGUAUCAAAGUAUACCAUUCUUUACUCGAGUCGAUAUUUUAUCUUUAAAGGAAAAUAAUUUUCAGUGUCAAGAGUUGUAUUAUAUGAAACUAAAAUGUAAAUCCUACGUAGUGUAGUUAACUGAAGAUGUAUUUAUUUAAAUUCUUUUUGUUAAACGUAAAUGAUAUCUUCACAAGCCCGGAUGUCAUGAAGCAUAUUAUUACAUGUAUUUUUGAAUAAAUGGUAAUAGAACAA